AUGUCGACUCUCAUGGAUAUCGCGUCGUCGUUCGCCUGCUGCGCCUCUGGCUAUUCAUCCGAAACGGGAGACAGCAGCGAAUCGGAACUGCCGCCGAACCACCCGAACCAAGAAGAGACGGGCGCUCCACAUCCCCGGUUUGAGCCAUGCAGACUUCUGGCAUCCGGCGGAAUCCCUAGCAUUGCCUGGUUCGAGGACGCGCUGGCGCCUCACGCCCAAGACCUCCCUCUUUUCGACCUUUAUCUGCUCGUCUCGGACCCUCGCAAGGCGGCCGACGUCCUCCUCGGCCACAGCGGCUACUACGCGGCGCCCAUCGCCCAAGCCUCCGACCCCAGGGCCGCGCUGGGCGGCAUCCGGCUGGAAGGCUCGAUGGUGCUGGACAGCUCGAGCAUCAUCAACGGCGUGAUCCUCCUCGACGCGGCCGCCUGGAACUACGACCCGCAAGACGCCUCCGAGGAGGGCUGGCACGGGCCCGUCCCCCAGCUCGACAAGUUCAUGGCCGCGCUCAUGACGUACUGGGUCACCAUGCCCGAGGACCAGUACCGCCUCCACGCGACCCUCGCCAAGUCCCUCGCCGCCACGAUCCGCCACGGCUACCAGCUCAGGGAGCCCGACGGGCAGGCGGUGCGCAGGCCCGGGUUCGCCGACAAGCUGCCGCCGCAGCUGCGGGAGCUGCAUUACGACAUCAUCGGCAGGUACCCGGGCCGGGUGGCCUUCGACGAGCUCCGCAAGCACGAGUACCACGCGCUGCGGCACGGCCAGAUCCUGGAGGGCGCCUUCGCGGCCCGCCCUUACCCCUCGGGCAACGUGCCCGUGUCCAUCGCCGAGUUCCCGGCCCUCACCGGGUUCGCGGACGCGGCGCCCUGGGCCCAGAUCCCCGAGAGGAAGAGGAAGGCGGCCAAGAAGGCGCGGAAGGGCAAGGGGGGCGCGGCAAAGGCGGGAAAGCUUGCCUGUGUUGAGGAGGGCGAGGAGAGCUCUUAG